GAGACGCGCUUUAAGUUGAAAGGGCAUCAACUCUUUCUUCAUCCCCAAGUUCUCUAUUGCUCAGCCAUGGACGCCAAGAUCCGCGAGUUCUUCGACUCCGUCGGUUCCUUCUUCAGCGGUGGCGAUAACAUCCCCUGGUGCGAUCGCGACAUCAUCGCCGGCUGUGAAAGAGAGGUUGCAGAGAGUGGGAAUGCAGAAAGCAAGAACGAAAGCCUUAUGAGGUUGUCCUGGGCUCUUGUUCAUUCCAGGCAUCCGGAAGAUGUGAAUCGUGGAAUUGCCAUGCUUGAAGCUUCCUUGGACAAUUCAGCUAGUCCACUGCAAUCAAGAGAGAAACUUUAUCUGCUGGCUGUUGGGUAUUACAGAAAUGGAGACUACCCAAGAAGUCGUCAACUCUUGGACCGAUGUUUAGAGAUUGCACCAGACUGGAGACAGGCUCAAACCCUGAGAAAGGUAGUGGAGGAUCGAAUUGCUAAAGAUGGCGUGAUUGGCAUAGGAAUUGCUGCAACUGCUGUGGGGCUUCUGGUAGGUGGAAUAGCUGCAGUGGUGGCUCGGAAGAAAUAACGUGUUUCAUUAUCGAUGCAAUGUGCCAUCUACCCCCUUCACCUUUUGAUCCUUCCAUAUCUAUGUUACGGUAUCAACUUAUCGCCUGUGUGGAUUGUUAGUAGGGAAGAUUUUGUGAAUGCUUGAUGCUAAAUAAGCUGUAUAAAUAAAUUCCUGCUUACAUUUCA